UGUCAUGGGAAGAAGAUUCAGCUUAAAGAUUGCCACUGCUUGAAUGAUGAUUGGUUGAUUAGUUUAGGAAAACACCACCCUGAAUGUUUCACUCUUGAUCAUUGCCAUGAUAAAAAUCAGAGAAUUUCUGAGGUUGGGCUAAAACAAUUCUUCCAGCACUGUGAAGGAUAUCUUAAGGAACUGAAUAUAAAAAACUGCAGUGGUUCUGGAUAUAAAGGGGACAGCGUUCUACUUCACGCAAGCACCUUUUGCCAUAACUUGGCAGUUGUAGAUAUAAGUUGGACAGGAGCUACUGAUUUUGGACUCAAUUCCCUGGUUAAAGGUUGUAGCAGUUUACAGUGUUUUUCUGCUAAUGGAUGCCAGAUUACCAAUGAGUCAGUAAUGGCCUUGAUUGGAAAACAUGGAAAAAGCCUUAAGAAACUGGAAAUAUUUGGUUGUCAAGCCAUUACUGACAAAUGCUUGAAAUCAAUUACUACUAAAUGUCCAGGUCUAGAGGUUUUGAAUAUUGGCAGACUUCAUAGAAUCUCUCAGUACUGUUUAGUGAAAAUGGUAAAUUCAUUGCAAAAACUUACUAGCCUCAAUGUCACAGGCCUUGAAAUGAUGAGGGAUUCUCUAGUACAUUGUAUUUUGAAGAAGUGUCCUAAACUGGAUUGUUUGGUUCUUAACUCGUGUGCUCACAUAACCGACAUCAGUCUACUUGAAAUUAGCUCUUAUCUGCCAGGUAUCAGGUACCUUGAUGUUAAUGGAUGUAAAGACGUGAGUGAUAUUGGAGUUCAAGCUUUGGCAAGGAAUUGCCAUAAACUUUCUUAUCUUGAUUUGAGUUCCACAGCAACAAGCAAAAGAGGGGUUUGCUUAUUGGCUAAUUUCUGCUUUAAUAGCUUAGAGUGUCUGAAGCUUAAUUACUGCAAGAAUAUCUCUCUAGAUGCAGUUGCAAAACUAUGUAAAAACUGCAAAAGACUGAGAAUGCUUCACUUAUAUGGUUGCCGCUUUAUACUUGAUUUGGAAUCCAUUACAAAAGUUAAUAAAACUGUUAAAAUAUUUCAUAACCUGACAAUUGGAACUGUGAAAUUGUUAACUGAAUGAGAACUCUGCCAAAUCUUUUAGCAGUUGCUAAUGAAUAGUUCAGAGUUUUACUAUGUUUUUAUGUGGUUAAAAUGUAGAAAGUAUUAUCCAAUACUUCCUAUUUGUGAUACUUUGUCAUCUGUGGAAUAGUCAAAAUGAAGAAAAUCUUGUUAGAGCUGUUUUCAAGAUAUAUUUCCAGUUUAUUUGAUGAUAUAAUUACCAUCACCAAAUUUAAAUGACACGAUGUUCUCAGAAGAUCUAACCUCUCUAGAUAUUGGACAUUUAAAUUAGAGCUGCAUUCUGACUGAUAUCUCUUUUUAAACCAAUACCUACGUAAUAUAUUUUGGAACAAAACCUUCUUUUGCUUUUUUAUGCUGAGAGCUCUGCCUUCACUGCUUGCACUAUGGCUCAUAAAAAUAAAUCGUCUUUUGUUGAAUGCUU